AUGUACAGAUACUAGGAAACAGAUAGAUUGUCUCAACUUUCUCAACCUACUAAAAGAUCAAAGAAGUACACUUAAAAUCAAUCAUUAAUGGUGAUGUCUAGGUAAUAAUUCAUUUUAUAUAUAAAGACUAUAUGAUAAUCAUUUUAAUCGUGAUCUACAUGGGAACCCUUGGAUUUCAAUGGGUACCUUUAAAUAUGAGUAAUUAUGAAUAUCUGAUUAAGUUUAGUCGUAUGAUCAAGUAUGAACAUUCAGAUGCAGGCUUAUCAUACACUAAUGUGAAAAUAAAGAAGUUACGAACAUUUUAAGAACUAUGGGAAAAAAAUGAAGAAAUUCAUAAUAAAAGUGAACAACAUUAAGGAUUUCGUGAAUUUAGAGAAUUUAAAGAUAUUUCUGAAGAGGAUGUAAUUGUAACAAUUGAAUAUUGGUAAACAAAUAUAUUAAUGCAGUACAAAUUGUCAUGAACAUACAGGAUCUACCAAACAUGAUGAAACACGUUAUUUGUCAUAUGCAUAACAACUAAAAAAUGAAAUAUUGAAAAGAUUUCCAAUUGUUAAAGUCAUCUUAAAACCUCUUCUCUAUGAUCAUUUUGAUCAUAGUAUUGAUACAAUGUUUUUAUAGAGAAGAUUAGGUAUAUAUAUAUAAAUUUGAUUAAUUUAAGGUUGUUUUGAAGUUUAAGUAAUGUCUAAAUAGAAGGGACAAUUGAAAUUUGCAGUAAUUGGAUCUAAAUUAAAUUCAAAAGCAUGGCCUUAGAUACCCAUCAUUAUUAAUAAAUUACCUUAAUAUUUUAAAAAGGUUUCAUUCAAUAUAGAUUUAAAAUAUUCUGAUUCAGAUUAAAAAAUAAAAAAUACUGAUGUUAGAAUCUAACCAUAUCGUCCUUCAUAAUAAAGAACUUAAAGUUUGAUGUGUAUUUAAUAUCAUUAAAUACAAUAUAGUCACUUCAAGAACAAACAAAGUUCUUAGACCUUAAAGUAGUCAAACAAGACCUAAAUCAUCAUAUUCUAAUCUUUCAGGAUAAACUUAAAAAACUGUUAAAGAUUAAGAAGAUACAUCAUAUAAAAUAGAAAGAACAAAUUAAGAUGGCAGAAUUGUUUUAACUCAUGUACCUUUAGAUGUAUAUGAAGUGAUAAUUGAAGAAACUAAUGACUUCUUAAGAAAAACACAUGUAUUUCAAAUUAAUAUUGCUUACAUAGCUCAUAAAUUUAUUUUAAUUAACUAAUGAUGAUCUACCUCUUGAUUAAGUUAUUGAAUUAAACAAGUAAACACAUUCAUGUAUUGUUGUUUCUGUUAAUUCUGAAUUGGUACCAAUAACAGAAUGUAGAGUAGAAAUUAUCCCUUUAAAAGGAGGAAAAGAAGCUGUACUUAAAGAAUCUCCACCUGGAAGUGCAAAAUACGAAAUUGUAGUUGAACCAAAUUAAUUCUAAAUUUUUAUUAAGAAAAUUGGAUUUCAAAUUUUUUAAGGAAAAAUCCAAACAAGUUCUGGAGUUUGUGAAUAUACUUAUUCAAUAGAAAAAGCUAAUCAACCAGAUGAAGGUUAUGAUCCUGUACAAGAUGCUUUAGACAAAAAGAAUUCAAUUAAACCUUCAAAUGAUUUAAAAAUAAGGAAACCUAAGUAUUUAUAACCACCAUCUGGAUAACAAAAUGAAAUUAAUCUAAUUUAAUUUUCAUUUAUUGAUCUAGUAGAUAAAACACCUGUUCCUAAUGUAUAUAUUAAAGUUGUGGAUGAAAUUAAUAAAAAAUUAUAUAGUUAUCGUUCAAAUGAGUAUGGAAUUUGUAAAGCAUUAAUACAAAAGAAGAGUAAAUUAUCUUAAGAUUAAUUUUAGUUACUAAAGGUAGAAUCAUAAUUAAUCAUCCCUUAUAUUAUGAUAUGAGUAAAGAAAUUAAUGAGACAUAAAUAUUAAAUUCAAAUCCUAUCAAAUAUUAUAUAAUAAAGAAACCACAAUAAAACUCAUUAAUUGUAUUAAUUGUUAAUAAACCUAAUGAGGAAUUUUUGAAUUUCUAUAUUAUUCAAGAGAGUAAUUAAUUUAUUACUAUUAAUAGAUAAAUAAGUAAUUUAAGAAGAUUAAGAUAUCUUAUAAAUUUAAAAUCCAAAUGAUGGAAUUUAAUUAAUCAAAUUUUUGAAUUUGUAAAAUAAAAAAGAUAUCUUAUAAUUGGUAGCAUGUUUACCUAAAUUAAAUAUGGAUUAGGUUUAAGAAAUGUAUGUUUUAACACCAGAUAGAAUUGAAAAAUGCAAUCUACCAAUAUUACCAGAAGAAUAAGGAAUUUUAUAUCCUUAUUUUUGGAUAUUGGGGAGUUUAAAAGAACCAUAUGAAGUUUUUGAUGUAGUCAAUUAAAUUGUUUUUACAAAUCAACUAAAAACUUAUCCAAACUUAACUAAAACUUAAUUAGAUGCAGAAGUAAGUUAAUGUGCUUUCUAAUCACCUAAUUUAAUUGUAGCUGCUAAUUAGAAAAAUGGAAGUGUAAGCAUAUGGAAUUUGGAUAAUUAUUAAAUUGAUAAUACAAUACUUAAUGUUUUAUCUGAUACUGCUAAUUCUAUAAUUAUAUGGGAUGAUGACAAUGUUAUGUUAAGUGAUAAUAAUGGUUAAAUAGCAUGGUUAAGAAAAAAUGAAGAUUCUUAAUUUGCCUUAUUGCCAAUUCUAUCUAUUAAUAAGAAGAUCAAUACUAUGUGUAGAGUAGGUUCUGAAGGUUUAGUGUUAGGUAGUAUGGAUGGAAAAUUAAUCUUAUUGAAGGUUGAUUAAAGAUAACUAUAAAUAAUUAUAGAUUCUUAGAUUGAUGUAGAAUCAGUAAAUUAAACAAUUGAACCAAUUAAUAAAAUAGUCUCAAUAACAAAUGAUUAAAUAGCUGUUUUAAGUGAUGGAAACAAAUCAAUUUAUAUUUAUAAGAUUGAAAAAUCACUUGAUAAACCUCUAAAUGCUACAUAAAUCAAAUAAAUUUAAAUUAAAGGUUAUUAAAGUGGUGGUAAACCAGUUUUGUAAAUUCUCUCUUUAGAAUAGAGAUACUUAGUAUUUGGAGGUUCUGAUGGAAUAUUAUAUACUUUAAGUAUAGAUUCUCAUGAAAGAGGACCAAAUAUUAGUUUAAAUUCAGAUCUAUAAGUAAAUACAGUGAUCUAAAAUGAAGAUGGUGUACUUAUUGCUUAAGGUAAUUUUAUAACAUUUAUCCAUUUACCUGAAUCUGUUUAGGAUUUAAAAGUGUAAAAUUAUAGAAGUUUUUAAUCUCCAGUAAAAUUAUAUACUGGAGAUUGUGUUACAUAUGAAAAAAGAUUAUUAACAUUUACAACUUAAGGGAAAAUGGUUGUUUGGUCACUCUAAGAUAAAUAAUUUCCAAAUAUUAGCAAUUUUUUGAUGGAUUCUGAAUUUCCUCAUAAUUUAAAACCUAAUCGUUGUUCAUAUUUAUUAGUUGAUGCAGCAAUACCAAAAGAAAAUUUUAGUGUUUAUUUGAUUAAAGAAAAUGGAGAAAUUAUGAAAGAAUCAAAUUAGAUAAUCAAAUUUGAAAGAUAAGAUAAAUACUUUUAUAUAGAAAUUGAUUAAACAAAAUAAGAAGGUUUAUGGAGAUUAGGAGCAUAACUUUAAAAUACAGAAUUAAUUAGAUAAAAAUAACCUAAAAUAUAUUUUAUUUAACCUCAUGGAUUUCAAGUCUUAAAUUUUCCAUAAUAAAUACCAAGUAGUCGUAAAUAAAUAUAUCAUUGGUUUAUUGGAACUUUAAUUCCAAAUAUAGAAAUGUUAAAAACUUGUUCUUUAUAUACUGAUUCAUAAAUAGUAGGAAAGUUUCCUUCUUUAGAAUUAAUAAAACAUGAAGGGAAAAUAAAUUAAAUGAUCAUAUUAAAUAAAGACGAAUUUAUUACAGCAGGUGAAGACAAAUAAAUAAUUGUAUGGAAUGCUUAAAAGUUCAGUAUCAAUAAGGUUUUAUAUCAUGAAGCAGAAAUAUUAAGUGUAUAUGUACAUAAUGGUAUGGUGUUAGCAGGAAAUAAAGAAGGUACUGUAAUUGGAUGGAAAUAACAUGAUAAUAUAUGGUAAAUGGAUAUAAAAUUUAAAUAUCAUGAAAAGGGAGUUUAUUCUAUCAUUUAUUUAGAUGGAAGUAUAGUGACAUCAUCUGAAGAUAGGAAAAUUCAAUUAAUUAAUUUUGUUUCUGGUGCUUUAGAACAUGCAGAACCUGUAGAUAGAACUUUUGUUAUUUCAAUGGUUGCAUACAAUAAAGAUUAAUUUGCAGCAGGUUUCCCUGAUGGAAGAGUGAAAACAUAUAAAAGAGUAUUUAUAAUUUAUUAAAUAUAUAUAGGAAAAGACUGGACCAAAAGUAAUUCUUAAAACAUUACGAACAGUUGCUACUACUAAAGUAUAAAAUUUAUAUUUGAUAAACAAUACAUAAAUAUUAAUUGGAGGAAUGGAUAAAUUAUGUGAAAUAGUGAAUAUUGAAUAAGGAACUAAAUUAAAGUAAUUAAUUAUUAUACUUAAUUAGAACAUUAAAAGAUGGUCAUACAGGUUAAAUAUUAUGCAGUCUAAGUUAUAGUAAACAUCUUAUUACAGGUGGUUCAGAUGGAAGAUUAAGCAUUUGGAAUCCAGAUAAAGGAAUGUUGAUUAAAAUAUAUGAAUUAACUAAAGAAGAAAUUAGAGCAUUAUUUAUUAUAGGAAGAUUGUUGAUAACUGCUAGUAUCAUACUAUAUAAUUAUUAGGUUCUAAUGGUACAAUCCGUAUUUGGCAAGAAAUUUGUCCAUUUAUUGAAUAGAUCCCUCCAGAUGAAGAACCAGAAUAAUAAUAGUGAUUUAUAUAAUUCAAUAAAAUAAUUAAUGAGACCCUAUACAAGUACUCCUCAAAUUUAACACAGAGAACCAGCACAUGUAUAUAAUAUCUAUAUAAUUUAAGUCUGCUAUUGAGUUUCGUU